AUGAAGUCGUUCACAACCUUGGCGGUUGCCACAUUCAUCUCCUCGGUGUCCGGACAUGGAUAUUUGACAAUUCCGUCCAGCCGCACGCGCCUCGGUGCUGAGGCCGGCAUAGAUUCGUGCCCCGAGUGCACCAUCCGGGAGCCCGUCUCCGCAUGGCCGGACCUCACGGCCGCUACCGUCGGCCGAAGCGGGCCCUGCGGUUACAACGCCCGCGUCAGCGUCGACUACAACCAACCGGGAAGCAGCUGGGGUAGCGUCCCGGUCGUGACCUACAGUCGCGGCCAGAUCGUCGACGUACAGUGGUGCGUCGAUAACAACGGCGACCACGGCGGCAUGUUCAGCUACCGCAUCUGCCAGGACCAGUCCAUCAUCGACAAGUUCAUCACGCUGGGCUACCUUCCCACCGAUGACGAGAAGCAGGCCGCCGAGAACUGCUUCCAGGCCGGCACCCUCAAGUGCACCGACGUCUCGGGCCAGAGCUGCGACUACAACCCGGACUGCUCCUCCGGCCAGACGUGCUGGCGGAACGACUGGUUCACCUGCAACGCGUUCCAGGCCAGCAACCGGCGCGCGUGCCAGGGCGUCGACAACAACGCGCUGGGGUCGUGCUACACCUCCAUCGCGGGCGGCUACACCGUCACCAAGAAGAUCAAGAUCCCAGACUACGUCUCCAACCACACCCUGCUCUCGCUGCGCUGGAACUCGUUCCAGACCGGCCAAGUGUACCUCACGUGCGCCGACAUCGCCAUCAGCGGAGGAGGGGGAAGCACCUCGCCGUCCUCGACACGCACGACCAGCGCCGCGGCAACGACGACGAGCGGCACCUGUGCCAUCGCUAGCACCGUGGCCGUCACCUUCAACGAGAUCGUCAAGACGGUCCCUGGCCAGACGAUCAAGGUCGCGGGCUCUGUUGUCGCGCUCGGCAACUGGAACGUGGCAUCGGCUCCGGCGCUGUCGGCGGCACAGUACACUAGCUCGAACAACCUGUGGACCUACACUGUCUCGCUGCCGGCCGGGACGGCGUUUGAGUACAAGUUUAUUAAUGUGGCAUCGGAUGGGACCGCAACGUGGGAGAGUGACCCGAACAGAUCCUACACUGUGCCUCGGAGCUGCUCCACUGCGGUCACAGUCAGUACCAACUGGAAGUAA